UUUCCCCUUUAAUCGAUACAGCUCUCUCUCUCUCUUUCUCUCGCUCGAUUUCUCAGGCGAUUUUCUUCUCGCCGGCGCCACCACUUCGACCAGGUAACCGCCAUCUCCCUUGUUCCUCCGUCUACUCCUUCAACCUUUCUAUCCGACGUUUUCCUUAUGUCGAUCCAGCUCCGAUCGAUUGAGUUUUCUCAAUCUGUCAUCGUCAAUAGCAGGUGCUUUCAUCGCCGGUCUACCCUCUCACUUCCGGCGAACGGUGGUACAGCGUUCUCUACUUCCUCAACAGAUUUUGCAUGAACAAAGAGCAAAUGGAUGCAUCUGGUGAUGGUGAUGUAAAGGUAGUACUGGACUUUUGCCCUGAUGACUCCUUGUCCAAAGCUGGUUUUGCAGAUGAGGUGGUUAAAUGUAUCCAAGAGUUACGUGAAAUAUCUGAACUUGAACCCACCUACCCAGUGGAGGUCUACUUCAAGUCCUUGGAUGAUGACACGUCAGCAUCUGCCAAAAAUUUAAAAUCUCAGGAAGCAUACAUCAAAGAGGCGAUAUGUUCUCCUUUACUAGACUCUACCCUCAUUCCUGAACAUGCUGUAGUGAUUGCUGAGAAGACGUAUCGCAACAUUUCAAAUUGUGAUUUUGAGAUCACUUUGACAAGACAAACAUUAACAUUUAACGAUAAAGCAAUCCUUGAUUUAUAUUCAGGAAAUGCGAAAUAUGCAAAUGCAUUGAAGGUGUAUUUGUUGUCGAGGGACCACUUCAAUCUCAAAACAGAAUUUCUAGUGGGAAUUAAUCAGAUUAAAGUGGAUUGCAUUGAAGGUCUGCCUGAUGUUGAUGUUGUGUUGGGAGAGCAAGUGUUCUUAACAGUUGGGGAUUAUUACUCCCAAGCCACCAACAACAAUUCUUGACCAUAAAAUCUUUUGAUUAAAAAAAAUUUUACUUUUUGUGAAGAUGGAACAACGAAGAUAGAAUUUAGGGAAAAUGACUUAUAUGGGUAACUAAGGGUGCGUUUGGUUGUGGAAAACUGUUUUCAUUUUUUAUGAAAAUAUUUUCAGAAAACAGGGUUGAGUUUUCAUUUUCAAUUUUCAAUGAAAACGCGUUUGGAUGGAACGGGUGGAGUUUUCAUUUUCUAUCUUAGAAAUUUGGAAAACUUUGGAAAACUGUAAAAAUCACUUUUCUAAUUUACAUACAAUUUGCAAAACUGAAAAUUUUCAUUUUCUUAGAAAACUUUGGAAAACUGAAUGAACCAAACGUGUUUUUAAAAUUUCCGUUUUUUUUUGAAAAUUUUUCCUAAAAAACUGUAAAAUUUUCCACAACCAAACGCACCCUAAGUAUUAGAAUUGUUCAAAAACUAUCAUCUACAUUUAGUAAGUAUACAAAAUACCAGUCAACUAUUGCUUUAACCAUUUGGUCAAACUACAUCUUAUGGUAACGGGUACUUUGGGUUAGUAAAUGACUUGGCAUAUUUAUUGCUGAGUUGGAAUAUUUGUUGCUGAGUUGGAAGUAAAUUGGUAAAAGGUAAUUCCAUGUUGGAAAAGAAUUAGACCAAACACUCCUCUUUGAUUUUGAAGGACUAAUGACCUUUACAAGAUACUGCUUGUGAUUAUAAUUAGAAAAAAGUUUGAUUUUUUA